AUGCCUCGGAGCCUUCUUUUGUUCGCCGCCGCGGCAGGUACAGCGCAGGCCAUCGACAAUGGUCUUGGCCGCACUCCACCCAUGGGCUGGCGGUCAUGGAACCUGUUUGGGGCAAAUGUGAACCAGACUUUGAUGCAAGAGAUCAUGGAUGGCAUGGUGUCAAAGAAGCGUUCCGUCGACGGAGUUCCAACCUCCUUGUGUGACCUUGGCUAUUGUGAUGUUGGCUUGGAUGACAACUGGCAGGACUGCAAGGGCGGUCACAAGUAUUCCUAUCAUGACGAUUCCGGGAAGCCCAUUGUGGAGCUCACACGCUUUCCGAAUAUGACAGCCAUGACAGGUCAUGCGCACCAGCUAGGCCUGACCGCCGGGUGGUACGGAAACAACUGCAUCUGCCGGGAGCACACGGCCACGGAUGCCAUGUACGAGGAGGAUGUUGCAGCCUUGGCGGCCUUUGAAUUUGAUGGCGUGAAGCUGGAUGGCUGUGGCAGACAGCUGGACCUGGACAAGUGGGCUAGCUUGCUAAACAAGACAGGGCGGCCAGUGAUGAUCGAGAAUUGUCACUGGGGCAGGACAGUGCCUACUGAGACAUGGUGCCCGUGGAAUUUCUUCAGGACGUCUGGCGAUGUCCGAGCUUCAUAUGGCAGCGUUGUUGGCAACCUGCAAACAACAGUGCAGUGGGCCCAGAAGAACUUGUCAAGGCCUGGGUGUUGGGCAUAUCCGGACAUGCUGGAGGUUGGCUGCAAGCACGGCCCAGGUGGUGCCAGCGACCCCGGCCUGAGCUACCAUGAGGCCAGGAGCCAUUUCAGCGCGUGGGCAAUUGUCUCCGCACCCCUGACGCUCUCGAUGGACGUCAACAAUGACACCAUCAUGGACGAGGUCUGGGACAUCGUCUCCAACAAAGAGAUCAUUGCUGUCAACCAAGCGUACUUUGGCCAUAGCGGAAGCCCUUUCCAACAGGCCACUUCACACGUGGUGUUGGAGGACUUCAAUAACGUGAUUGGCGGCAUAGACUUGCCGCAUUGGACCAGGGUACCACGCUGGCAGUUCUUCUACAAGCCUGUUGGGGCUGGAAAGAUCGCCGUGCUACUGAUGAAUCACGACAAGUCAACACAUGACUUGGUUCUCAAGUUCAGCGAGGUUCCAGGCCUGACUUGCCAGAAGUGCAAGGUCCGCUGUUUGUACAUACACAGCGACCUAGGGGAGCAUCAGGACAAUUUCACUGCUCAAGCAGUGCCCUCGCAUGACUCGCGACUGGGCUCCCCGGAAGACUUCUGCGAAAAGGUAGUCCUUCCCAUGGACGUCGAAGCAGAAUCUGUGGUGAUGAAUGCUGUGGUUGCCGCCUUGGAUGUCAGGCUUCGGCUAGCACUGCUUCACAGGAGCGAGCAAUCAGGACUUGUUUUCGAAGAGUACGUGCCGCCUUUUUCGGAAGGGCGGGAGCCUGCCGAAACUUUUACGAUCCACGUGCAGUUGCGGCCUGGCCACUACGACCUUCUGUACGUUCAGCUUGAUGAGACUCCACCCUCGUCUCCCCAGAGGAGGGCGACAACGGCCUGUGCUGGCUAUAGUCAUGCAGGCUUGGCUUCAGCCACGCUCAGUCCUGCUCACACACUGGAGCCUGACGGAGUAGGCCCGUUGAUCUUUUCCCGCCAUGGACAUUUCCCUUGCGUCCACAUCUGGCAAGUGGUGAUAUUGCGUGGAUUCGGCAAAGACAACAUUGACCCGAUAUCCUUUGACAACAACUCGCUGCCAGUCAUCUCUGCAGCAGAGGCUGCUCAGUUCAAUGGAUUCUACCAGUUUGAGCCUCUGUUCUACCACAAAAGCUUUGAUCGGUUCGUCCCUUGGGAGCAGCGUGAGAAGACCAUGGUCUUCAGCUGCACCCUGGGCUGCGGUGCCUACAACACGACGGCAAAAGAGGUGAAGCUUGCUCUAGUCCAUGCCUCGCUUGACGGCAAACGAUACAGUUGGUACUUGACCGAGAUGCGAGACGAGGACGCGAAUUCGCCGAUUAUUUAUGCCAGGACAAAGCUUAGAAAGUCACCGACUUACCGCGUUCCUUGGCUGACCGUGACGCCGGGCGGCGACCUGAAACCCCGUGAUUUGGAGGACGUUGACAUCAUCACCGCCUGGGAUGCCUUGCGGUUUGACACGCCUUUGAAGUGGGGUGUCACAGCUGUCCUCGUUGGAGCCGUUGUGCUUUGGUGCAGAUCGAAAGAGAAGGAUGACUAG